AUGGAUGAAACAACCAAGAAAGAGGCACCUAAAUCUCCAGUGGAUAUUGUAGUUACAGAUACUGAUGCAGAAAACGUCAAUGCUGAUGUUCCCACAAAACAAGCUAUUGAAGAUGACACAGUGAGUGCAAACGCAGAAGCCCAUACAGUAGAAAGUAAUCCUGAAGAAGCUUCGCGAGCUGUUCAAGACACAGCUUCUGCUAAAGAUGAAGAAAAUUCCAAAGGACGACGUUUGGAAAGAAAAGAGUCAGUUGCUGUGCAAAAGAUGGAUAAUGUUCAUAAUUGGUUAACCGAAAUGGACGACAAAGAAAUAAAACUUGAAGACAUAUUUAUAUCUAAAAUACAAUACAUAGCACUUUGUAAUAGUUUUCAGAAGUAUCUCAAUGAGUUAAAAGCAGACGAGUCCAUGGCACGGACAAGCUUCGAAUUUUCGAAGUUGUUCGAUAAAUUUCGUGCUUGUUUCGCGUGGUCACAGAAGAACAUCAACAAAGUCACCGAGUUGAAAGUGGCGAAAAGUGUUGCAGAAGAAGAGAAGAGAAAAAUGGCAAACGCGCUGAAGGAUGAGAAGAAAAAAGCGACACAUUUUGGAGAUUUGAUAAAUGUUUUGAAGGAUAAGAUGGUGGCUGUGACGGAAGAGAGACAGUCGUUGAGGAGUUUGGUCAAUGAAUUAAAGGACCGCAUGGAAAAAAUAUCAGAAGAGCAAAUAAAUGUGCAAUCAUCUCCUCAGACGAAAGGAACAUCAUCUCUGAAAAACACAGACGACGAAAAAGAUGAAAAGAUAAUUACAUUGGAAGAAGCUUUAGAAGAUAUGAGAAAGGAAAUUACCUUCCUCCAAGACAGGGAAUCGUCUAUCCAGGCUAAGCUCAACAAAGAGCAGAAGGUAAAUGCUUCGCUUCAAGGUCAACUUAAAUCGACUAAAAAGGAGCUGCUUAAGCAAACAACUGCAGUGGAGAAAGGAGAGAAUAGGAUAGCCGAGAAGGACACUGAAUUAGAGAAAGGAAAAAUGACUAUUAAAAAGAUUUCAGCCGAAUUGGAGCAGUACAAAUCAGAAAUGAUGUUAUCCAAACGAAAAGCGAAAGGUUUGCUAAACGAUUAUCGGAAGUGCAGAAAGGACUUCGAUGAGGCAUCCACAGUGAUGGAAAAAUUGAAACGGGAUCUUGGAAUAAGAGAAGAUCGCAUUGGGGCACUUACGACAGAAAAGAAAUCCCUAAGCACCGACCUGUCUACAAAACAAAAAGAAUUAUUCAACCUUAAGGCGGAUAUCAUUGGCAUUACGAAGGAGCGGAACGAACUUGCGAGAAGAGCAGCAAUGUUCGAAGAAAGGAACAAUGAUGCCGAACGCACGAUCGAAAGUCUGAAGGCAAUGAAUAAGUCCCAAAACCAAGAAAUGGAUGCUGUGCGGAAAGAUUUGGCCGAAGUGGACACUAAUAUCAAAGAACUCAACAAAGAGAAAAAUGUCCUCAUCGACGAAAUUCAGAAAAGUGAACAAGUAUUAUCAGAGCUACGGCUCGAGCUAAAAGAAAGUGAAGAUCAAAGGAUAUCGUUGAUAAAAGAGCUUGAAGUCUCAAAGUCUCAGGCAGAAGAUCUACGAGACACUAUGAAACGAAUAGAAAGAACAAAAGACAACUUAAGUCGAGAAAUACAACAGCUCAACGAGACAAUCACAGCUAACCAAGACGAAAUUAAGCGUUUGGAACUAAGCAUAACAAACUACAAGAAAACGGAUCUCCAACUUCAGCAACAAUUGAGUGAGGAGAUAACGAAGCACAAGGUUUUGUCAGAAGAAGUCAGAUUCUUUAAGAAGGCUUUGAACGAAUCGAAGCACCAAGUAGAACACCUGACGGAUAACCAGGCUGUUUUAGCCAAUCACAUACAACAGCUGAAGAACUAUAAUGAGGUACUAGACGAAAAUGGCAAAAAGUUGGAACACAGAAACAAAAACUUGGUAGAACAGUUAGGAUUUUGCAAAGAACAGCACAGACAAGAGGUAAAACUUGUGGAGGAACAGCAAGACAAGUUGAAACGUGUUCAGGACGAUGAACAGCAGUUGCUGAAGAAAUUGUCUGACAUGGACUACGAAGUUAAUACUCUGCAAAGGAAAGUGAAGAAUCUGUCCGAAGAAAAAGACGUCUUGAAUUCCAAACUUAUAAACAAAGACAAGAAAAUAACACAGUGCAACGACGAAUUGCAUAUGAUGCAGCAAAACUCGGCGGCGAUAGACAGAAAAUUGAAUGAACGAGUGGAAGAAAUUAAACUUUUAAAAACUGAGGUUAGCAGAUUGAACAAAGCAAACGCUCUUAGAACAAAACAGUUAGAAAUUUUUCAAGCUACUCGUGAAGAACUGGCUGCUCUAGGUAAUAAGCUCUUUCAAGAGCAGCUGAAAAACAAGGCCAUGGAAGAAGAAAUACAGAAGACCAAAAAUCUGCACAGAUGGAGAAUUCUUGAAGGAAUAGAUCCUGACCGAGCCCAACUCAUUUCCAAAAACCAAAACCUCCAGAAGCUUUUGAUAAAGAAAACAGCUGAGUUGGAGCACAAAGUUGUGGAACUUCAAACGAAAGAACGAGAAGCACAGGAACUCCGCGAAUCUUCUCAAAAACGAUUCGAAGCAGGGGUGCAAGAGGAACUGCGGACUUGUCGACGGGAGCUACAAAAUAGAACUGAUCGGUUGAAGUGUCUGACUGGUAUCUUGUCAACUGUUUUAGAUGCAAUCGAAUACUGGAACGACGAGUUCAACAAAUGCAUUCGGUGGACGCCCAGAGAAGAGGAAGAAGACUACGUGAAAUUCAGAGAAGGACCAAUGCAAGUAAUUAAUGAAUUAGUUCUAAUUGUCUCUUUUCAUGGGUGA